UUAUUGCACAUGCGUGAAGCGGCGAAAACAAACCGAUGUGUAUGUACUCUUGAAACAUAGCAGAUACAUUUCAACGAGAAAGAUUCCCCAAAAUGUCCCUACCACCAGAAAAAAUUACAGAACUAAAGCAAAUCAUUCACUCUCAACUUAAUCAGAUGGAUAUUCAAAACAGAAUCCGAGACAUAUUGUCUGACACAAUUCAACAGGAUUUCAUGGGGCAAUCUGGUAAAGUGGGAGAAGAGGAGCUCCUGCACAAAUUAAAACAGCAGGGAUUGGUUGAUGAUAUUCUCCACCAGCUACAGUUCAGAGGUCAACAAGGGGGAACAACUCCUGCCACACACUUCCUAGACAGAGAUGACAAAGUCACACAGCUUCCAACAAAGAAAGUAAAUAUUGAUCCAACAAGAAGAUAUGUGUAUUUUCAAAUCAAGGGAGGGAAGGCUUUCUUGGAGCACAUUGAUGAGAGUGACCCCAUGCCUGGACAAGUGUCCUCCUUCUUUAUGUUUCACAUUUACUUCCGUGGUCAGCGGUUCAAAUCCCGGCCCAUUCCUUGUGCCUGUGAGCCUCAGAUAGAUGAAGGCUUCCUGUUGGAACUACACAAAGAGUCAUCUGGUGAAGCAGGCAAGAUGGCUGAUGCUAGCACCAUGUUGUCCAUUAGUGACCCCAUCCACAUUGUGCUGAUCAAAACCGAGGCCUCAGGAGAAACAAGCCUGGUGUCCUCCAACUUCUUUGAGUGGAGAACGGUGCUGGCGUCUUCUGGGAACAGGAUGUCCAUGAUGCUUGAGCUGAAAGGGACAGGGAAUGAAAGCAAGGUGCCAUGUGGGGUUAUUGAGAUCAUGAUGGAACUCUUCCCCAAAUCCACUAAAAACUUUGGACAAGAUGUUGUUGCAGCCCAGAUAAGCCUUGAGAAAAGCCGACAGGCAGAAAGAGAACGGCUUUUCUUGGUCUAUGCAAAACAAUGGUGGAAAGAAUAUCUCCAGAUUAGGCCUGCUCAUCAAGACAGACUUGUCAAAAUAUUUGCACAGGAUGAGAACAUGGUAAACAGACCAGUCAACUCAUUUGUGAAGCCCCUGAGGGGAGGCAGGCUGCUGGACUCUGCGCGACACGCUGCUCGCUUUGUGAGUCUGAUCCAUCAUGAGAAAGUCCAGUCCCUGGGGGGUGGCAGCAAAACCGAGCAAUGGACCAAUGCACAUGCAUUCCUCUGUAGAAACAAAGGGGACUGUGAGGAUCACGCCAUAUUACUGUGCAGCCUUUUACUGGGCUUUGGCUUGGAUGCCUACGUUUGUGUGGGGACAAAGUCUAAGGGAGCAGUACAUGCGUGGGUGGUCACUAUCAGUAUCGAAGGAACCGUAGUCUUUUGGGAAAGUCUGAAUGGACACAGGUAUAUUCAUCUUCCAAUUGAUCCCAAUGCUCCACCAAUGGACAAACAGCAUCGCCCUAAAUACCCAUACAAAACAAUUGGAUGUGUGUUCAACCAUGUGUCGUUUUAUGCCAAUAACCAGCCAUCAGACUCAGUUGAGGUGUGCAAAUUUAAUCUGAAAAAUGAGGCAGACUGGAAAUCAAUGUCCCAGGAUGCUGUUCUGUCGGUGUGUGGACCAGGGGCGUCCCCCGCCUGGCCCUCCAUGCCCCCUCUUUGUUGCUCCAGCCUGGACUCCGCCCUGGUCAGCAAUGACCUGGAACAACAGCUGAGGGUCAUGGUGUAUGAACACAGAAGGGAUUUGGGACUUACCACAAACUUUGAUGAUCAAUUGAGUUAUCUCUUAACACCAGCAUUAGCAGCAUAUGAACUGGAAAGAGUCACAGGAAUCUCAGCUGGGAACGAGGAAUUCCAAGACUCUAUCAAACAGGCUGUACCAGAUGGCCAUACCUUUAAGGGAUACCCUAUUCAAUUUUCUCACAGAAAUGCCAAACGAGCCUUUGCUACAUGCUUGAAAUCUCCUGUUUGUGAGGAAAUCAUCAAUUGCAGAGGAGACCAUGUCCGUCUGGGUGUCAGAGUGAAAGUUUACCCAUAUCCUGAAAAUGCUAUUGCCACAUGGAUAAUGUUUGCCUGCAAAUAUAAAUCUGUGUUGUAGAAUCACCCUCUGAAGAAGAGACUAAUGGGUGUAUCCUAGUUAAACAUUUGUGUAAAUAGUCAAAUGUGUCUAAAUCAGUGUGCAAGGGUAAUUGCAUGAAAUGUUAGUUCAAAUACUUCUGUUAUAAGCACAGACUUAUUAUCAGUUUCAUCUGUAAGAAAUGCAAUGUACUGGUACAUGCGUUAUGAGUUCAUUACAUUUAUCUUUUUUAAGAAUGAUGAACUUGAACUUAGUUUUUAUGUAUCAGGUAAUGUAUGUACAUGUAGUUCAGAAUAUUUUUAAUUAGCAUUAAGUGCCAAUUUAAAGAAAUCCAGCAUUUCUUUGUGUGAAUGAUUUAUAGAAAUGAGAAAUAAAAUCAAGAAUGAUAGAACAAAAUAGAUACUGAUUAUUGAAUGUUAACUCACAUGUUAGACAUAUUUUAAGGACCAAGAGCUGUGGCUACAUGUACCUUACUUUGGGCUCAGUUUGCAUCAAAGUUACAAUUAACUGCUUUUUUGAACAAGUUAUUUUUUAUGUUGUGGGGGUGUGUUGUUUUAUAUAGUACCGUAUUAUUGUAGGUACUUAUAAACGGCAGUUGUUUUCUGUGAUAAUUGUUUUCCUUGGUUGCAUAGUGCUAAAAGCUUAUAAAGUUGUUAACAUUUGCAUUUAUUUUAUUGAUUAGUUUAUGACCAAAUAGAGGUUGCUUUAAUCACUGAAAAAUUCUAGUAUCUCAGACACAUUUUGUAUAUAUACAUGUACAUCUUUAUAUAAAUAUAUGCUAUAUGACAUACGUGAAGAAGGAAGACAAGUUUUGUUGUUUAUUUGGCUCAAUAUUAAAAUUAUAUUUCAUCCAA